GGCAACACACACCUCUCCAAGUCUGGUUACCAUACCCGGGUACGUCACAUCUGUGAUGUGUCCGGUUGGUACACCAUGGCAACAGAGGUGGUUGUCUGUGGACCGUGCCUCAAGGCUGCCAGGGGUGGAGCGAGUGGUCCCAUGGGUCGGUGGCUGGCCUGGGACGAUGUAAUAUUGCAGCAGCUGAGCGAGGCUCAUCGGGCCAUGUUUCCGGCCGUGUUGACUGCAAAGCGUGGGGUGGACAAAACAGUACUUCGCCUCCUGCGUGACCGCACAGAGGGAAACACCAUGAUCAAAGUGUGGCGGCAGGUGCAGGAGAACCACAUGGAGAACUACCAUCAAAGGAAGGACCUGUACACCACGCUCCUCAUGGCCUUGGUGGAACCCGGCGGAAUCGUGUCUGCGUUGGGUCACGGGGAGUUCCAGGCGCCACCUCCUCCCAGAGAGCUACCCUGCACGCGGCUCCUGCGGCACGCCUUCCUCCUGGCCGAGGCGGACAACGUGCAGGACUACCGAAGCCAGAUCCUCUCCACGUUCGGCACAGUCCUGAAAAUGGAUUCCACAAAGAAGGUGGUAAAGAAAUUGUCUGGGGAGGGCAAGGGCUCGGCCGAGUGGUUCACCAGCAUCGGCAACGAGUACUCGCAGAUCGUGUCUUUUGUUCUCACCUGCGAGGAGUCCUCAGAAAAGCUGGGGCCCAUGUGCCGUGGCGUGGUGGAGCGGUUCCGGCUUGCCAAUCAACCGACACCCAAGAUCCUGUAUAUCGACCGGGGAUGCUGCAAGGCACAGGGUCCGACAGCCGUGGAGACGCUUUUCCAGCCGUGGGUGGAUGAUGGGAUGGUGGUGAGGCUGGACAUUUUCCAUUGGUUUCACCUCUUUGAUGCUGCUCUGCGUACCGAGGCCCACGCAAAGUACGCCGCCUUCAAGUCUGCGCUGGCCGGGCAGUGCUGGCCUAUAACCGUGAGGACCUCCAGCUCCUCAUCAGGGCUGUCAGGGCCAGAGACCCGGUCACAAUGGAGGUUGUGACAGACGAGAAUGUUGUCCGUCGUUACAUCUCCCGGGACCACCUCAAGCAUCAUGUCCGGCGUGUCACCCUCGGAGCCCAGGAGACAUUUCGUCUUGUCCACCUAGUAAUUCAAGAGCUCAAGGGUCUAGCAGGGUUCGACGAGAGCGGGGUCAGCCUCUUCAAGU